AGAGCUUAUAAAAUAGGCUAGGAGGAGCACAUAACCAAGAUUGGGUCCUCCACCAUUUAGUGACUGAAAAAAACUCAGCGACAUCCUUCAUCUGGUAACUAAGUUCAUCAGAAAGCUUCCACCUUCUGAGUCUUCUCACCCCAACAUGAAGGUGAUUUUGUUGCUGCUUCCUGGACUAAUUGGUCUCUUCCGGACUACAGAGGGGCAAACAUUUCAUCUUGGACAAUGUCCAGAUCCACCAGUUCAGAAGAAUUUCAAUAUAGUGAAGUACCUGGGAAAAUGGUAUGAGAUUGAAAAGCUACCGGUGAGCUUCGAGAAGGGAAACUGUAUACAAGCAAACUAUUCCAUGAAAGAAAACGGAAAGAUAAAAGUGAUCAAUCAGGAGAUUCUCCCUGAUGGGACCGUGAAUCAAGUUGAGGGUGAAGCCACUCAGGCAAACCUCAUAGAGCCUGCCAAACUGGGAGUCAAGUUUUUCUGGUUGAUGCCUUCUGCCCCUUACUGGGUACUGUCCACUGACUAUGACAACUAUUCACUCGUAUAUUCCUGCACCACAUACAUCUGGCUCUUUCACGUGGAUUACGCUUGGAUUCUGGCGAGAAAUCCCCACCUUCCUCAGACGACGGUGAAAUACCUGAAAAACAUCCUUACCUCCUACAACAUCGAAACCGAGAAAAUGAAGGCCACGGACCAAGAGAACUGCCCCAAAGUUCUGUAAGGAGACAGUGGCGGGUAUCUUUAGGAGCCUAGGCCACGUGCAAAAGCUUUUGCUUCCUUAUACACUGGGCCCUCAUGCUAAUCAUGUAAAUGGAAACAGCAGCAAGGCAGCAGAUGGAGUACUUGUCCUUGAGCAAAAGGGGUCUGGUGUCUGACUCCCGGGCCCCUUGCUAGCUUAAUAAAGUCACCGUUGACCUGUGCCGCCGAAGUGAUUAGUAUAGGAUUCCUCUUUCAAGCGCCUGCAUUUGAAAGCCAACCUGAAUUAUGUAAAAGCAGCCAAGGCUUCAGCAUUGUUCCAUAAUAAAAUAUCCUAAUUAAAAGAUAA